AGGCAUUGUUCUGCUGUGUCAAUCCCCCAUCUCUUUCCUCCAAUCCGGACCCAUGAGACUGCUUUCCGGGUCGCUGCCCGUGAGGGCACGCCUUCAGGCUCCUCGGAUCCCCUCUCCCUUCCGCCAAAACGUAUGCGGUGUCCAUAAUUACGCGCGGACGGCCGCUAUGCUGCGGAUGAACUCCGCCCUCACCACCGGAUCUCGUCCAACGCUGAGCCAAUCCACAACUUUUUCUGAUUCCGAGCAGAGAAGGGGGAUAACUCAGCAGUAUGCUAAACGGAUGAAAGAUGCUAAGGAUGAAUGGGCGCACUUCGCCAAACAGAUCAAGGAAGGCAAGAGAAAGAGUUUCUCACAGCACCUUGAAGAUAGAGAACUGCUGCACGACGUCGUUGGGGAACGAGAACUUCUAGAUCGCGUGUUCACUGAGAAGAGGGUCGGGUUGUAUGCCGGCGUCGAUCCUACUGGUCCUUCCCUUCAUGUCGGGCAUAUGCUACCGUUUAUGGUUCUUGCAUGGGGCUAUGUAUGGGGUCUGCCAGUCCAUUUCAUCCUUGGCGGUUCAACUAGUCGAAUCGGCGACCCUUCUGGGCGAUUAACAGGACGAGCACGAGUCGAAUCAUCUGUUCGGAAGGCAAAUAUGGCGGCGAUGCACAUGCAGCUGAAGAAGUUAGGCAAGGGCAUUGAGAGAUAUGGCGCGAAACAUGGUUAUAUCAGGCAAUGGGCUUGGAGGCGAUCUCUUACUAACAACAGUGUCUGGUGGAGUCAGGUCACUUUUCAGGAGGUCAUGAGAGAUUUGGGUGCUUUCAUGCGUCUGGGUCCCAUGCUGGGGAGGGAUACUGUCAAGACUCGAUUAGAGGGAGACGGAAUGUCGUUUGCAGAAUUCUCCUAUCCACUGAUGCAGGCGUGGGACUGGUGGGAACUGUUUCAAAAGGGCGUACAAGUCCAGGUUGGAGGCGCCGAUCAAUAUGGAAACAUUCUUUUUGGAAUGGACGCGGUCAAGUCGAUAAGCAGGAGCACUGCCGAUGAGCAGUCACGAAAAGAUUUGAAAAAAGACAUUGACCAGCCUAUCGGGCUGACGACGCCCUUACUAACGACAUCCUCGGGCGAGAAGUUCGGCAAAUCGGCUGGCAAUGCGAUCUGGCUUGACAAAGACAUGACGUCCACAUUUGAAUUGUAUCAGUUCUUUGUCCGAACUCCUGACGACGUCGUGAAGAAGUAUCUGAAGAUGUUCACUUUCUUGCCGUUGCCCAAGAUCGAUCAGAUCAUGGACGAGCACGUCAUUGACCCGUCCAAGCGAGUGGCCCAGCAUGCUCUGGCUGCCGAAUUCGUCGAACUCAUCCACGGCAAGACUGAAGCGGAAGCAGUCGCUCUCCAACAUCGCCAACUCUUCCGAUCAAGGUCUUCCACCGGUGAACCCACUCCUCUUCCCGGAAAGCCCAAGCCUCACCCCAUUCCCCAAUCCCCAUAUGCAUCCGACGCCAACAUGGCAGCAGGCAAUAUUUAUGCUCCACAAACAAAUUGGGAGAAGAUGCCUAGUCUCCGGAUGGAACUCCCCAGAUCUGUAGUUUACGGGCAAUCUUUGUCAAAGGUGCUCUGGUCUGCAGGUCUGGUCAAUUCCAAGAGUGAGGCCCACCGUCUCUGUGCUAACGGGGGAGCCUACGUCGGAAGCCGCCCAUCAAACAGUGGACAAAUCGAAGAUCAGCUGGAAUUCACGCCUAUCGGGAUCUGGCUUCCGGACAUGACCGAGAGAUUCAUUAUGGACGGAGAGCUUCUGUUCUUGAAGGUGGGCAAGUGGAAAUUCAAGAUUGUGAAGAUUAUCAGCGAUGAAGAAUUCGCGAAGAAAGGACUGACUUGCCCCGGGUUUGAGCCCGAGCCCAAGGCUGCCGACCAGUCCAAUUGAGGUGGGGAGUAAGGUGGUCCAGAAGCAUUCAUAUACCUGUUCGAUGUAUUACUAGAAACUUGUACAUAUACCGCAGUUGGAAAUAUCUCUAUCAUAUCC